AAUUAAAAUUUCAGCAACUUCCCCUUACAUAGAAAUCUCAAUCGCUACAAGAAAUCAUCAUCUAAUCGACACAACCAGGUACGAUCUCGAUCUCUCCCUCACACACUCAUCUGCUGUUUCCACUUUAUCUUGCAGCUCUAAUGGCGAACCGAGCUCAAAUUCCUACCAACAACUCAGCACUCAUUGCUAUGAUUGCGGAUGAGGACACCGUGACUGGAUUUUUACUUGCUGGAGUUGGCAACGUUGACUUGAGGAGGAAGACGAAUUACCUCAUUGUCGAUUCAAAGACAACCGUCAAGCAAAUUGAGGAUGCUUUCAAGGAAUUCACGACAAGAGAUGACGUGGCAAUCGUCUUGAUCAGUCAAUAUGUUGCAAAUAUGAUACGGUUCUUAGUCGAUAGCUAUAACAAACCAGUUCCAGCUAUUUUGGAGAUUCCGUCAAAGGACCACCCAUAUGACCCCGCACACGAUUCUGUCCUAUCGCGUGUCAAGUACCUCUUCUCUACUGAAUCCGUUGCAGGGGAUAGGCGUUAAGCAAGAAAUCUUUGUCGAUUAUCACUUUCCUUCGGUAUUAAGUUGUGUGGUUAUUAUAUAAGCACUAUGAGAUUAUUUUGAAUUCAAAUUCUUGCAACAAUAAAAUGUCAUAAUUUAUGUAUCAGUGGUUGAAAAGAUCAGACUGGAUUGAUCUAAGAUGGUUUUUAUCAUGUUUGUUGGUGGAUCUUGGACC